AUGGUUACGGACGAUCCUAAUAUCUCGUCCAUAUCGGAAGAGGUGAACAAGUCGAGUCUCGACGACAGCAACAACAACAACAGUAGCAGUAACAACACAACUACUGCUUACUCAGAUACAAAUUCAAUUAGUACAUAUUCAUAUUUCAAUUCAAAUGCAAGUGUUAUCUCUUAUGAUUCAAUAUUAACCAAUGACAGACUACUUGAUAAAUUGGACUUAAGUCAAGAUGAUAAGAUUUUAUUACAAAAUGUCCUUGAAGAAGAGAAAAGACAAGAAACGCAAUCAACAAAUCAACAAGAAAAUGAUUCUAGGAUAAUCUGUGUCCCAGCUUCGCAAUUUCCAUCUUUAAAGGUUAAACAACUUCCAAACGAUUCAUUGACUAAUAACAAUUCUCGUGAUUCCAUUAGACAAUUGUUAGAAAAAGACUUUACAUUUAAAGAUAAAUCUUUGGCGGCACAGGUGGAACAACACUACGCUUCGACUUCAAGGUAUUCGUAUAUAGUUGAAGAGGAUUACGAUGAUGAUUUCUUAAAUCCACUAAGUAAUAAAAACUCAAAUGCAGAUGCAAAUGCAAAUGUUAAUCAAAACAAUACUACCACUGCAUCUACUUCUACUUCUUCCAAUCCACCUAGGCAUAUUGUAAUGUCUAAUAAUUAUAAUUUCAACAAUGUAGAUGCCCAAAAUAGGUUUAACAAAAUUUAUUCCAAACAAGGAAGGAACUCUAUGACACAACCAACUCAAUUUAAUAAUAAUAUUAGAUCCAAACAACAAGGAAAUCAAAGACUGUCAACUAAUUAUCCAAACACCACAAAUUACUCGACUUCCAUUAAAACUAAUCCCACUAAUAAUCGCUUACCUAAUAGAAAUUAUAAUUAUAAUACAAAUAACUCUCAUCAUCAGAGUAUACCGAAUUUCGAAAGAUUUAGACUAGAUAACUCAAUAUUAUCAAAACAGAACCCUCCAUUAAAUAAUUCACAAAACUACUCCAAAUUUUAUAACAAUAAUAGUACUAGCAAUACUUCUAGUAACGGAAUCUCUCAUAAUCGACGUCAUUCUAAAGAACAGUAUAAAUAUCCAGGAGAGGAUUCAAAUUAUGAUACCUCUAAUGGCAGAUUCACGCAUGAUAAAUAUCAGUUCCAAUCAGUAAAUGACAAAUUUAAUAAAUGUCAAACACCAAAUAGUGAUAGUAAUAUGACAGUAUCAUCCAAUGCAUCGAAUAAAGUCGAUAUUGGUGUAGCAGCAAAACUUUAUAGUGGUAAGGUUGACUCAGAACUACCAGGUGCGUAUAUGUCCAAAAAUAGGUCUACAUUUACAACCCCAAUGAAUUCUAUAGUGAAUGAUAAAUCGACAGAAUAUGUUAAUUUAAUAACUACACCUCAAAAAGCAUCGAGGACAGGCGAUGAUUCACAAGAUACCUCAUCUGUAGUUCCAUUGGAAAAACCAAUAUCUCAAAAGAGUCACAAGAAAAAAUCCUCGUUAAGUUCGUUUAAAAGCCUUUUCAAGACUCCCAAAUCUAAGAAAUCGCAUAAUAGUAAAGAGGAUUUGAACAGUAAAUCUAAGUCUCGCUCAGAAAAUUCUACAAAGGUUAAAGAUUUCCCUAGAAAGGAUAGCUCAAGCUCAUUGGAUUUAACUUCGUCGAAUUCAUCAGUCGAGAAUUCUCCCUCAUUAGGAAAAAGUAAUCUUCGUAAAUUUAUAUUCCCUCCAAACCCAAGCUUACAUUUAGAUUCAAAAGCUAGCCAUAAUAAAAAUGGUAAUAUUAUGUACAAGGACAAUCAUUACCGUUCUUUAUCUGAUAUGAAUAAACCACGUAUACCGAAGGCAACGACUGGGUCAACUAGUCUUCAAUCAUCUCCAUCUAGAGUACGAAAGCAUAAACACAGUAUCUCAACACUAUCAGGGGAAGCAACAAUAUAUCUUGAUAAUUCCAAAAUAAUUGACCUUGAAAGUCACAAAAUAUCGACAGGUCUAUCUAACGUUUCCUCUCAAGAUAAUGAUAUAACCAAUGGGGAUAAUAAUGUUAGAUCUAGUUCUCCAAUAUCUCUUUCAAAUUCCUUAAAGGAAAAUAUCCUAAUGACCCCAAGCAAUGAUUUAUCGCAAGGAGAUAAUCACAACUCCAAGGGUUCAUGCGAGAGUACCGGUUCAACUAUUCAUGGUGGUCACGAAAAUCAAAAUACAAACACUCUCAUAACAUCAGCAAUAAAUAUGCGUAUCGAAGGGAAACUUGAGGCAAGUGCAUUGAAACUCAAAAAAGCCUGUGAAGCAGGUAAUACAACAGCAUUUUUGCUCUAUGGGCUGGCACUAAGACACGGUUGUGGUACCCUUGAAGACCAAAAAUUAUCACUUGCUUACAUCAAGAAAGCAACUGGAAUUAAGUCCUUUGAUGACGAAGUGUAUAAUCGCGACAUCAACCCAUUAAUACUUGAAGAAAAUAAUAGUAUCCCAACUAAAUUACAAGAACCGUUAGUACCUGCACUUCAUGAAUGUGGUAUAUCAUAUUUAAAGGGUUAUGGAGGUGAAGAAGCUGACGAGUUGAAGGGCCUAAAAUUUUUAGAAAAAGCAGCCUCGUUAAAUCAUGUAGAUUCUAUGUGUCUUUGUGGUAUUAUUUGGUCUCAGAAAUCUGAAAAUAGAAAGAAAGAUAUUUCAAGAGCAGCAGCUUGGUUCAGGUUAGCAGAUAAACGCGGAGCUAAUCUGAUAGGAUCUGACUGGAUCUACAAGAAGAAAUACACGAAGGGGAGGUUAGCAUAG